AUGAAACGAAAUGUUUUCAAGCCCUUUCUGUCAUCCGCAUUGACAGCAGUUUCAGCACGCAAUUGUGAAUCCAUCAUGGUUGUUCGUUUCAAGUUCAUGAAGGCAAGCUUGACACGAGGAGGUGGUGGUGGUUUGAAAAAUCUCCUUUCGAAUCAUCAUCAUGGACCUAUACGAGCCUUUCAUUCCUCUCCUUUCAUCCUCAAGCAAGAAAUUGAUAUCAAUCAUGACAAACUUGAUGAACAAGCACAAACAUCAUCCUCCGAUCAAAUUCAAACUGCACUACAAGCUGGUAAUCUAUUAGAAGAACAGUUUCAACAAAUGAUCAACCUAAUAGAAACAUCAAAACUCUCCAAAAACCAUACCAAGAUGGAAAUCUCAAAUGAGCUUGUUCAAUUCGUUCGUUCGGUUAAUAGUAGUGCCCAUACCAUUCAUGCUGCUCUCGGACAAGAUCCGAAAUUAUUCUUUGGCUCUUCUGUUGGAAUGAGGGCCCAUUUGCUUCAUCGAGAACUUCACUUGAUUUUUCUAAAAGCACUCUUUCAAGAAUGGUUUGAUUUGCAAGCAUUGAAAUCAUUCUUUGUUGGUCUUGAACCUUCUACUGGACUUCUUUACAAGUAUCCAAAAUCCACUCCUCAGAAACAACAACACUCAUAUGAAACAUCAGAAAGUACGACCAUUCCAUUCAAGGACGAUACACACUUUUUGUGCACUGUUUGGGAUGCUCAAUUGACACUUGCUGCUGCACCUUCUGAAUUUGGCAACAAGAGAGUAUUCACUCGAGAGGUCCUCAUUGCGAAUUUCUAUUGGUUAUUCACUCGAUUGAAAGACAUACCACUAGAUAAACAGAAUCUAUUCGAUUAUGCGAAACUUGUGAUGGACGGUUACAAAGCAACAAAGGAAUUUUAUGUGAAAGGAGUGAACAAGGAUGUGGAUUACUCAAAAACAAUUACCCAUGACGCUGAGGAAAAUGCAUUUUCAUUCACGAGAAGAACUUUCAGUGAAGAUGAAUUCGAUUGGUUUGAAGAUUUGGAAACAAAUUUGCCUUUGCAUUUGGGAGCUUGUUUUAAGACCAUUGAAAUCAUCGCUCGCAUCAAGAAGUAUGGAGACCAUACUCAAAUGUUGGCAGAUUUAGAUGAGUGUUUGAAAAUCAAUCCAAAUAAUCCCUAUAUUUUAUACUUGAAAGGUUCUCUCUGUAGACAUUUGUUGAAAACCCCAACAACACAUUUAACUGUUAAUUAUUAUUAUCAAGUAGGAAUUGAAAGUUGCAAUGCUGCAUUGAACAUUUUGAAAAAUCAAGUGAAUAUUCAUUUCACAUCUGCGUCUCCACAUCUUGAUCGUUUAUCAAAAACUCGAUUUGACACUGAGGACGACAGUCUCGACUCCAACGACGAUGAGGAAUAUAACGAAGCACCCAUUCCAGAUCUCAAAUUCACACCAAUUCUCUUUUUGAGGUCAACCAUUCACAAUGAGGUGGCUUCUGACCCGAAACUAAUACCUGCGCUCAAAUUACAAUAUGCAACGCAUGCCUUGAACGAUUUGAAACAAACGGAGAGAUUUUCUAGAAUGCCAAAUGAAUACAGUUUUCUGAUCAACAAAGGACAAACCUACUACUUUUUACGACAAUUUGACAAGGCAUUGAUGGCCUUUGCUGCCAUUGAAAAAUUUGAAACUAUUCUCACUCCAUCGUCCAUGAUUCAUGCAAUUUGCUCCUCUGUGAACUGCAUGAUUGAAUUAGGCCACGCUCAACUGUGUCUUGAAAAAUUGGAGGAAUAUAUUGUGAAAUACAAUCACCAUCCUGCAUUGGUUGCACACAAAUUGGAUUGCUAUCGAGUAUCAUGUCGAUCCAAAGAUGACUUGAAAAAGAUUUUACCAAUGUUUCAAGAAUUUGCAGAUUCGUUGAAAAAUAUUUCUCAAAAAGAUCCUCACAGUUUCAUAAAAUACUAUCCAGAGACAUUAAGAUUCAUUGAAACACUGCAAAAGGCCAUUGAUGAUCCAUUAACUCCAGAGAGAUGGUAA